CGCGCGUAUUUUGCCCUUGUGAUGAAUGAUACGAUUACAGAGUGAAAUGAAUUGUUUGUUUAUGUUAUUUACUGCAGAAGAGGGAUGUUAUUGCGCCGCUGUGAAGCAUUUGUCUGUGUAAUCGUCAUUUUUAAGAUACUUUGUUGUGGCAAUGGCACCUUAAUCUCAGUUGUUUACAAAACACCGUGAGGCUGAUACUGGCGAUUUGCGGUUGAAGUAAAUCGGGACGUUUUCAACUUUGCAAAUAUGAAGAUUUAUGUCACACGUAACGAAAUCCACGCUUCUAAAUGCUCCAGCAUUGAAGACUGGCAGUCUUUACUGUUUAAUUAUGGUGAUAAAGUUACGCGUUUGGAGUAGAAGGAAAGCACUUGAAAUGCUGCUAAAUAAGUGAACGUUUUGCCUGUCAAAAAUUGUUCAAAAUACGCACAGAGCAACUAGUUAGCGAAAUAUUCCUGCUGUCUCUGCUUUCAAAAACUGAUAAAAGACAACAUGGAGGAAGAAAAAUUGUUAAAGAAAAAGAGGAAAGCUCUUUCUGGAGAUAACCUGGAAUUAGUGGCAAAUACUUGCCAAAGGCUUGCGCAGCUGUAUUUCCGUGAUGGGAGGUAUGAGGAGGCAUUAGAACAGUAUAAGGAGGAAGAAAGGCUUUACUCUGUGCUGGAAAAGCCUAUCGAGGUGGCUGUGGCACAUCGCAUGAUAGGAGAAGUAUAUGGCAACAUGGGAGAAUAUGAAAAGGCACUAGAACACCAAAAUAAACAUCUGGAAAUGGCAAAAGAUCUAAAUGAUCAGAUUGAAGAACAGCGAGCAUUAGCCACUAUUGGUCGGACUUUCUUCUGUAUGGCUGAAAGCAUAUCAGACAAAGAUAACUCAGAUUAUGCAAGGUAUUUGGCUGAAGCAAAGAAGGCUUAUCUUCGAAGUCUCAAUGUGUGUGAAAAGCUUAAAAGUGUCAGCAAAACUGAAGUGAUGCUGAUGAGAAGCAGAUUGUUGCUGAACUUGGGCCUUGUUCUUGAGUGUCAGGAAGAUGUGACAAAGGGUAUUGAAUACAUAGAAAAGGCCAUUGCCAUCAACAAACAGAAUGAUUUGUAUGAAGACUUGUACCGUUGUUAUUGUUCAUUGGCAUCACUUCUAGUUCGUCAGAAUAACCGAUCAAGAGCCCUCACGUUACUUAAUCUUGCUCUUGAUAUUGCUGAUCGUUUACCAGACAAAGCAUUGCUCAGCUGUGAUGCACUUCUUUCUAAAGCUGAGGUUUACUUCAGUCAAAGUGAUUUUCAAGCAGCAAAACAGACUUUGGUAAAAGCUUACAAAAUGCAUUCUCCUAAUGAAAGUGAUCAAAAGAAUGUUGAGCGGUUGUUGAAAAUAGCAAUUGCUUUGUGCCGGACAGAAGAAAAACUUCGUGUAUUAGAAGAAACUGAUUUUGUAAACAGAAAGAAAUUGUAUGAGAUAAUGGGUGAUGGAUCAGUAGCAGUGAAAAACUUUGAUGGGGCACUAAUCUAUUAUCAGAAGAUGUUGCAGUGUGCUGAAGCAAUAGGAGAUACAGAAGCAAGUAUUGCAGCAAUUUAUGUGUCUUUAUCACAGACAUAUAAAGAUAAAAAAGAAUAUGACAAGGCACUGGAGUUCAGUCACAAGGAGCUACAGUUGUGGCAUUCUAACCCUGCUGAGGCAUGUAAAACCACACUUACAAUUGCCCAGUUAAUGGAACUGAAGAAAAGUCCACUAUCAGAAGUGCAAAACGUAUAUGAGAAAGCUCGUGCACUUGCUGUUCUUGCAAAUGACAAGAAAUUGGAGGCUACAGUUUUGCGGAGCUUGUAUUAUGUACAAAAAGCAGGAGGAUGCAAUAAUUUAGCAGAGAUCACCAAGAAAGAGCUGGAAUUGACUGGUUACACAGAAGAGAGUGAAACAUCAGAUACUGAAGAGAAUGAAACCCCAGACAUUGGCGAUGAUGUAUCCUUGACAGACUUAUCAGAAUCAGAAAAUGAAGAAUUUGAUAGAUCCCGAGUUACGAGAAAACGGUCAGUCGGUUUGAAGGUGCGUAGAAAUGAGAAAGGGGAGACACAAUUGCAUACUGCUUGCAUUGCUGGAAACAAAGCUCUUGUUAAGAAACUUCUUGAGCAGGGUCAUCCUGUGAAUGUUCGGGAUCACUGUGGCUGGUUGCCUUUACACGAAGCAGCCAAUCUUGGUUUCCCUGAGAUUGUAGAGAUGUUGUUGGAUCAUGGUGCAGCGAUUAAUGACAGAGGAGGAGCACUUUGUGGUGGGAUUACACCUUUGCAUGAUGCAGCUUUGUGCGGAAAUCUCUCAACUGUCCAAGUAUUACUGAACCGUGGCGCAUGUGUUGUCACACGUACAAAUGAGGGGAAGACACCAUUGGACUGCCUUCUGGAGUGGUAUUCACAAAGUGGUGGCCUGGAGGCAGAUGAUCAGAUUCUUUUUGAAGCCAUUGAAAGACAGCUGAGAAAUGCUUUGGAAAGAGCAGGGCAGAGUUCUGUCAGUACUGGAGAAUUACCGAGAAAAAUACAAAAAAGAGACACACCAGAGGCUAAGCGCAGGAAGAAAGCAGAAGGAAAUAGACCCAAGAAGGCAAAGAGACAUGAAUCUGGCUUGCGGCGGCAUCUCGAGGACUCCAGCCCUGAACGAAGCAGACAACUACGUAGUUUGAGUCCUGUCAGUGAUAGAAGUGGUUCACCUAUUGUAUCUUCAUCAGCUGAUGUGACAGGAGUUGAUAGCAAUUACUCAGCUCCAUUUGGUGAUAAAGAAGUCUCCUCAUCAUGUAUUGCAGUUUCUGAUAGUGAUUCUGAUGGGGCUCAAGCAAGAGAGGAAUAUCAACGAGCCAUUGCUAGUCUUCGUACUCGGACAGCCCAACACAUAUCAUCUUCGUCAGUAGACAGAGAGAAUGAUGUAACAAACGAAACUGGAUUUCUAUCUGUUAGUGAUGUUGGAGAAGACUGGCUGGAAGAUGAUCUUGGAAUCGAAAAACGCCCCACCAAACGAAAGAGAACAGAAGCUGAAAAAUCUGGGCUAAUUGGAUCUGCUGGAAGACAAAGAGCGGUUGCUGAUAAUGUGCACUCAUCAGAUAUCUCUCCACAAAGAGCAUACCCGAACUCAUCAUUGAACUUGAAUGAAUAUUGCCUAAAUCCGAGCACAGAUGAUGACUAUAACAUUGAAGAUGCAUCACAACCUUGUUCUUCAAAUGAAAGGUGGAAACGCCAGCAACCUCACAAAGGUAGAUCGUCUCAACUGGAUGUUAGUACCAGUCACAGUGGUGAAAUUUCAUCAUCUCAGCGUUUGCUGCAAUCCACUUCUCAAGCCUCAGUGGCACAUGCUAUAAGAGUGUGUGUUGAGGAUAAGAAGUUUCUUAUCCCAGUUCCAGAUGCCAGUCUCAGUAUAGGAUGGCUGGUGCAAGAAACAGCACGUCGCUACUAUAGUUUAGAAGGCUUGCGACCAACACUCACUCUUCAAACCAGUGAUGGAGCAUUGCUAGCUGAAGAUGACCCGAUUUCUCUUAUAACUGGUAGCAAUGAAUUGAUAGCAUCUGUUGUGUCAUGGAACCUACCACCAUUGACAGAAAGAUAUGUGGAAGCUGCCGCUAGUUUGCAGUCAGUUGCAGAUGCUCAUGUUCUUCAGGUGCUGGAAAUGUGCCAAGCAACACAGUGCCUACAGCUUGCAGAUCUUGCACUGACUUCAGUAUCCCUGUCUCCAGUUUUCCAAGCACUUCGCUAUCAAAAUACCCUCUCGCUGAAUUUGUCAGGGAACAGUCUGGCUGAUGAUGGAAUGAAGCUCUUGGCUGCAUGUAUAUUAACAAUGCCUCAACUGAAGAAGUUGGACAUCAGCUGCAAUAAUAUUUCAGCUGCUGGUCUCUCCCAUUUGAGUAGCUCAUUUUCAGCAAACAAAUCGCUGCCAUUGCAGGGCCUCCAUCGAUUGAAUCUGAGCUGCAAUCCCUUGGGACAGGAGGCUGUGAAGCACCUUCAAGUGAUAUUCACAUCAUUAUCUAGCUUAACUUCCCUGAAUCUUCAUGCUUGCUCACUUACUAGCGGACCUGAAAAUAUGCAUCAAUGCCUUGAGUUACUUGAAGAACUGGAUGUAAGUUUUAAUUGUCUUGGUCUCGAAGGAGCUCGAGACUUCCUGAAACAAAUAUCUGCAGUAAAAAUAAAGGAACUUAAUUUGGGUAGCACACAGUCAGGAUGUGAAGAUGGCUGUAGUGCGAUUGCCCGGGAUUUAGCUAUCUUUCUGGCUGGUGCAGGUUGUGAGCCAGAGAAUUUGGAAAGCUUGGACCUCUCCAACUGUAACUUAAAGGAUACAGAUAUAUGGGAACUACUUAGGCCAUUACAAAAAGCAACAAACCUCAAGCGACUCCGUCUGCAAGGCAACACAGCUCUCACAUCUGUUUCACUACGACGCCUUUUGCAAUUGUGCAUUCAACAAAUCGACCUUUCAGGCUGUAAUUCUGUGUUACUGCACUUAAGUGGCACCUCACCAUUGUCAUGGCUUCCACCUGUGAGUUAUUCAAGAGAAAUAAUUGUGUCAGCAGAUCUGAGUACUGUUGAUUGGGGUGCACAGUGCAGCAUCCGCAAAGCUCCAGGAGGACUAUUGUUCAUAACCUCAAAUGCAUAAUUUGUUUUAUUCAUUAUGAAUUAAAAUUUUGAAACCAACCAUUUUUUACCAGAUAGAUUAUAAGGCAUAUACAUCAAUCACAUAGUUAUUGCAACACAUAAUAAGUCGGUAUCCUCCAUUCAAUUAUAUUGUUGUUUACAACAGGUGUAUUGUAUGUUCGCUCGAGUUACCACGAUAUUGUUUGAUAUGAAUUGUAUAGCAGUGAUGGCUGCUUGCUUGUUUUAAUUGUAAACAAUUAUAUCUUUUCUCAAUAAAAUUUUUCAGGGUAUAUGACCACAUUGUCAGUACAUAAAAUUCUCCAAUGUUGUAAAUGACCUUCCUCAAGCAAAACAUCCUGAGGAAUUUUAUAUACUGACAGAGGGGUCCCAUACACUGAAUCAAAAAAUUUAUUGGGAGUGACAACGGCCACAGAAGCCUACACUUACAA